CGAACCUAGAUGCACACGCGUCAAAGUCGAUUGGAAUUUAGAAAGGGAACGUCAAAUGGAGGAGUGACAGUUGACAUGAAACGUGUCAAUCAUGAUGUGACCCAGUACAUGCAGACGUCGACAAAACCCUUUGUAGUUCGAUCCCUGAAGAUGCGCAUACUCCAGGAUUCACCGCUUGGAGUCCGGGAUACUGACCUUUUCACUUCAUUUCCCGCUGGUAUCACUACCGCCUCCACGUAGGUUUUGAAUGUUUAUUGUGAUGCAGCUGGAAUCGUGCUUUAAUGCGUGCCCGGCGGGGUCUUGCAAUUGGUCAAGAGAACCGAAUGAAGGGUGUAUAUUGCUCUGGGACCGAUGAUGAAUAUGGGCCGCAUCGCUCAAGGUGGACGCAACUGGGAGGGAUUCGGUGCUGAUCCGUUCCUAUCUGGUGAAGCCGCCUACGAAACAAUCCUGGGUUUGCAGGCUGGCGGUGUCCAGGCUACCGCUUGUAAUCUGGCGAACAAGCAUGGAAGCGCACGCAGGAGUCUUCUAAUGUUGAUGAUCGUACCCAGCACGAAAUUUACGCUCAUCCUUUUAUGCAUUCUGUAAUGGCAGGUGUCUCAUCAGUCAUACGCAGUUACAGUGAGUGUCUC